AUGCUGGCAUCUUCCAGUUCUGGGCUUUCUGGUUCCUAUGAAGACUUGCAAUUUGGACAGGUGUCUGAAGCCUUUGUGGACUUCACCGGAGGGGUGACAAUGACCAUCAACCUGGCAGAAGCCCCUGGCAACCUCUGGGACAUCCUAACCCAAGCUACCUACAGCAGAACUCUCAUUGGCUGCCAGACUCAUCUAGGGGCAAGGGUGCAGGAGAACGGACUGGUGGAUGGCCAUGCCUAUACUCUCACAGGAAUCAGGAAGGUGACCUGCAAAUAUGGACCGGAAUAUCUAGUGAAGCUACGGAACCCCUGGGGGAAGGUGGAAUGGAAAGGAGACUGGAGUGACAGUUCAAGAACAUGGGAGCUGCUGAGCCCCAAGGAGAAGAUUCUGCUUCUGAGGAAAGAUAAUGAUGGAGAAUUCUGGAUGACACUGCAGGACUUUAGAGCACACUUUGUGCUUCUGGUCAUCUGCAAACUGACCCCAGGUCUGUUGAGCUUGGAGGUGGGCCAAAAGUGGACGUACACCAUGCGAGAGGGAAGAUGGGAAAAGGGGAGCACAGCUGGAGGCCGGAUGAAGUCCCCGCGGCGAGACACAUUUUGGAAAAAUCCACAGUUCCUGUUGUCUGUCUGGAGGCCUGAGGAGGGGAGGCAGUCCCUGAGACCCUGCAGAGUGCUGGUGUCCCUGCUCCAAAAGCCCAGGCACAGGUGCCGCAACCCGAAGUCUCGCCUGGCCAUUGGCUUCUACCUCUUCAGCAUAAGCAAGCACCAUAAUGACAAGAGGAGACUGCCCCCUGAGUUCUUCUGGAGAAAUGCUCCCCUGCGCUGGCCUGAAGAGUUCCUUAAAGAAAAGGAAGUGAGUCGGGAGCUGUGGCUGGAACCAGGCACAUACCUCAUCGUGCCCUGUGCGUCUGAGGCCUGCCAGGAGUCGGAGUUCCUCCUCAGACUCUUCUCCAGGAAGCACAUCUUGCAUGAACUUGGCAACAACUCCAGUGUGGUCUUCUCUAAGGAAAUAGUAGAACAAAAUGAAGAACAGAAUGAAUUCUUCACCAAACUCUUUGCAAAGUAUCCAGAAAUAAAUGCAGUUCCGCUGCAGAAGAUCCUGAACCGCAUGACCUGGUCAAGUCUGGGGAGCCCACAGCCCUUCUUCAGCCUUGAUGCCUGCCAGGGGAUCCUGGCCCUCCUGGACCUUAAUGCAUCAGGGACCGUGAGCAUCCAGGAGUUCAGGGGCCUGUGGAAGCAGCUGGUGCUCUACCAGGAAGUUUUCCACAAGCAAGACAGUAGCAGGUCAGGAUUCCUGGACUGGGUGCAGCUGCGGACUGCUGUGAAGGAGGCAGGAAUCGUGCUCAAAGAUGACGUCUGCCAGUUGAUGCUCCUUCGCUACGGUGGCCCCAGACUUCAGAUUGACUUUGUCAGCUUUGUGCACUUGAUGCUGCGUGCAUCAAAUGUCUUCCAAAACUUAACCCAAGAUGGCAAAGGGAUAUACCUCCGGAAGUCAGAGUGGCUGAUGAUGACCCUGUAUUCCUGA